AUGGGUUGUGCCUAUCAGAUCAAUAUAUCAACUGCAUGUUACCAUUGCAAUGAAAUUGCAAUAGAACGAAAGGGCCUAUGUCUCUCGAAUAAAUAUAUCAAUUCACAUGCUCCCCUAGAAUGGAGUUGUGCUAAAAACCAUAAAUGGAAAGCUCAACUUAGUAAUGUAAAAAAUGGAAAUUGGUGUCCAUGGUGUUCACAUGUAGGCCGUCGUACUCUUGAAGACGCAAAACAAGUAGCGCAUAAUAGAAAUGGUGAGUGUCUAUCAAAAACAUUUGUUAAUAUUCGUUUACCUUUAUCAUGGCGUUGUAUUAAGGGACACACAUGGUAUGCAAAUUUAAAUCAUGUAAAAAAUACUAAUACCUGGUGUCCACAUUGUGCAGGUAAUAUUCGGUCUACUAUUGAAGAAGCUAAACAAAUUGCUUAUAGUAAAAAUGGUAACUGCCUUUCAGAAAAGUAUGUCAAUUGCCAGGCUCCGUUACAAUGGUGUUGUGCUAAAGGGCAUGAAUGGAACGCAAAUUUGAAUCAUAUAAAACAUAAUAGGUGGUGUCCAUUUUGUCGAAAUAAAUAUGAAGACCUAAUAUCCAUAUGGGUUAAACUUGACAUUUAUUAUCCAGAAUAUGGUCUUGCAAUUGAAGUCCAACGAGAACAACAUGAGCGUUAUGUAGAAUUCUUUCAUCGAGAUCAGAAUGGAUUUAACAAACAGUUAUAUCGGGAUCAAUUAAAAAAAGAAUUGUGUGAAGAGAAUUGUAUUGUACUAAGGUAUAUUUGGUAUUACGAAGACCCAUAUGUAGUUAUUCCAGAGCAUCUUCGAGAAUUGGGUUUCGCUGAAUAG